AUGUCGACCCUCCUCCCGACAUCCGUUUCCUCCGCACUCACCCCAGGAACCUACAUCUACGGCCUCCUCCACACCCCAACGAGCAUCACCACCAUUUCCUCCGACGACUGCAUCCGCCACCUCGACGCCACCACCCUCUCGCUCCUCCCGGACGGCCUGAUCCAGAACGCACACAGGAGCGUCACGUGUCUAGAGCCUAUUUCCGCGUCGGCAGAGACGUAUGCCACGGCGGGAAGAGAUGGGUUGGUGAAAUUUUGGGAUAGGCGGACGGGGAAGAGUGGGAUGGGGAUUGAGAGUCCGAAUAACACACCACUUUCUGCGCUCGCGUGUAGUCCGGACGGGCGGGCUGUAGUUGCGGGGACGGAAUUGGAAAAGGAUGGGCCUGGCGAUGCGCCGGUAUUUGUGUGGGAUACCCGAAACCCCAAUGUCCCAGUCCUUCUGCUCCCAGACUCCCACACUGACACUAUCACUACCCUCUCCUUUCACCCAUCUCACCCCCACAUCCUCCUAAGUGGCAGCACCGAUAGUCUCGUCAACGUGUUUGACACCCGCAAGCCCGACGAGGAAGAAGCACUGUACCAAGUCAUCAACCACUCGUCCGCCAUCCACCACGCAGGCUUCCUGAAUGAAACAGACAUCUACGCGCUCGGCACGGACGAGACGUUGAGUUUCUACCAGCUGCAGAGCGAAGACGACAGCGUGGUUGAGCCAGCGCCGAAGGCGUUAGGAGAUGUGAGGGAGGGGAUGGGGUUGGAGUAUGUGGUAAAGGUGAUGGAGGUAGGUGGAGAGGCAUGCGUCGUUGGAGGGAGCCAUAGCUCACAGUAUCUGGAUCUGAUCCCCCUACGCCGACCGACAGGAGAUCUCCCACUAAACUGGGCGUACGAUGUCGGAGAGCGGGUCAGGUUGCCUGGUGGACACGGCGAAGAGAUUGUGCGAGAUGUGUACAGCGAUGCACCGAGCCGAACAACUUACACAGGCGGCGAGGACGGCUCCGUCCGAGCCUGGAAGCUUGCGGAUGCAGAUGAAAUGGAUGUCUCUGAGGGUGAUGGACUGCAGUCGAAGAAGGCCAAAAAAGAGAAAAAUAGAGAUAAAGAGGAGAGGAGGAAACAUAAGGAGAAGAAGAAGGAGCGGUUCAAACCCUACUGA